AUGGACUUCUCAAGGUCGCUUCAAAAAGUACAUAUUAUAUUCUCAUCCAUCAUCAAUUAUUAUUACUAUGGACCACCACAACCAUCAUGGGACUUAAAGUUUUAUUUGAUCUUCAAAAUUAUAAAAGAUGAGCUCUCAGCCAGACGAACUAUCGAAAAUCUUCAAGGAGUAUUUAAUACCAAGAGUCCUGCCAGGAGUGGUACACUUGUAGAUGAGCUGACAUUGUCAAAUUCGCUUCGUAAAAAAUCUGAAGUUUACAUUGAUGAUGUUUUAAAGGAUUAUAAUCAUGUGCUUCUUGAUGAUUGGAGAAGUGUCAAUCUCGGGGAUGGAUUAGAAUUAAUAAAUUAUAGGCUUGCACCACAAAAUCAAUUUCCUGCUGCUUUACAUGACUCAAUAACUGCCUACAAUUAUCUUAUUGAUCCACCAAGAGAUGCUGAUUUUUUACCGAUUGAACCUAAAAAUAUUGUAAUUAUGGGUGAUAGUGCAGGUGGUGGUCUAGCAAUGGCAACAUUACUUGCUAUACGUGAUAAUUCAAAAAAAUCAUUACCUUUACCAGCUGGUGCUGUUUUGUGGUCACCAUUUGUUGACUUGGCUCGCACAACAUCAUCAAUAAAAGAUCCAAGAUGUGAUGAAUUAGAUAUUUUGCCAAAUGAUUUUUGUGAUUGUAAAAUGUCUCCCGUGUUGGAAAAAUUUGAACAAAAAGCAAAAGAAUUAUCAGAAAAAAUUCAAUCAAAUGUUGAUAAUAAACCAAGAUUUUGGCAUAAGUCAUUCGAUUUUGGCGGUCGUUUACAAUAUUAUGUGUCUAACGAAGGAUUAGCAAUUCCGUACGUUUCUCCAUUAUUUGCUGAAAGUUUGGGUGGUUUACCACCAAUUUUAGUGCAAGUAGGUGAUGUAGAAAGAUUAAGAGAUGAGGGUAUUUAUUUGGCUCAUAAAGCUGCUAACCCAGAAAAGUACAAUUUGCCCAAUUACAAUGCUGAAAAAUUUGAAAGGUCGUCUUAUAAAACACCUACAAAAGUUGUUCUUGAGGUUUAUGAAGAAAUGCCUCAUGUCUUCCAUCUAUUACUGAACCUCCAUUCAUCACCAAAUAUGGCCGUUAAACGAACAGCUGAAUUUAUUGAACAAUUAUUAUCAGGCAAAGAAAAGAAGCAAGAAUUAGAAGUCUUACGUGUAACAAGUAAAGGCAAAAUCAUUGAAGAGCUGAAAGAAGAGCAUUACAAGAUACUUGAAUGUGAAAAUAUUGGCGUUGUUUCAUCUAAUAUUGAAAAGGAUUAUUGUACUAGACCUAACGAUGACAAUGACAAUAAAUUGUAA